AUGUCAGACAACAUCCCAUUUGAAAGCCAAAUGGAAAUCAUUCAGAGGAUCUCUGAUACAAAAUCUUUGAUUCGGUGCCGAUCGGUCUCAAAAGCAUGGAAAUUUGUGCUCGAUAGCAAGAAGUUUGUUAAUGCUCAUACCCUCCGCCAUGAGGCCCACAAUCUUCAUCUACUUAUACAAGAACGAGAUCUCGAGGUAAAAUAUGUUGACGAUGACACUUUCCCACAUCAAAAGCAUGUGUUCAUUCUGCACUCAGUUCACAAAUUUAUUAAUGAUGAUUCAAUGAUACUCGGUUCUUCUCAUGGCUUGUUAUGUUUGUACGAACUUGAAAUGAGGAUCGCUGUUAUCUGGAAUCCUUGGAUUAGAAAAACUGUUGAUGUUGCAAUACCUAAUGUGUUUAGCAAACACUACACUAGGACUGUAGUUGGUUUUGGCGUUUGUCCUUGCCGUCUUGAACCUAAGCUUGUCAAAAUUACUUAUAAUGUUGAUUUUGGAAGAUUAAAAUAUAGAAAUACUAGCUCCCAAGUUGAGGUACUUACGUUAAGUUCAGGAGGGACUUGGAGAAGUCCGUUAAGUAGCAACCUUCCUCAUAAAUCCAUUUGGUUUGAAUUUUCUCAAGCAGUUGUAGAUGGGUUUAUCUAUUGGAAUGCCUAUAAGAGGAUUAUCGUGGGUGGUGCAUUUCUGACUCCCAAACUGAUCAUGUCAUUUGAUUUGACAAGGGAAGAACUCACCCAAGUAAACCUUCCUGAUUGUUUAGCACUUAACCAUGGUGAUGUUUUGUUGCUAUGUAACCUAAGGGAGUCUCUUGCUACCCUCGAGUUCGAGUUCAAUGUAUACAAUGAGACAGUAACUCAUCAUGUGUGGAUGAUGAUUGGGCAUGGUUGUACUAGAUCCUUUACUAAGCUAUACUCCAUUAAUGAAACUGAUGCAUCAAUAUAUACCACAUUGGUAUUCCGAAAAACUGGUGCACCCAUAGUCGCAGUGAAGAAUAACAAGGAUGAUCAUUAUUCUGAAUUUGAACUUGCUAUACAUGAACCAGAAUCAGUAACCAACACUAAGAUCGGAAUUCAUGGUACUCGUUUUGUGCAUUCCGACAUGGAAACACUACUUUUGCUUGGUCAUUGA